AUGAUUCACGCAAGUACUUCAAAAGUGCUUCAGAACCACUUGCAUGAAGUGCAAUCCAAUCGCAAGGGCAAUGCCAUUGAAGGGCAGGUCUUCAGAAUGAUGACCGCCGUUGCCAUUCCCGUUCGCUCCCAGGACCUUCGCGAUAGAUUCGCCAAAAUUCGAGACGAGGCCAUGGGCGCAGCGCCCAACGCGGGCGCCUAUCCCCGUUGCUGCAGGAUUUCCGCAGACUGGCACGGCUCUGAUUUGAGGAAUUCCUGGCCUGGCACUCGAGGAGCCUGA